AUCGCCACUCCCCGCUAUUUCGCCAUAAUUUCCGCUUAUAACGGAACACGUAGCCACUGGCUUUCAGUUGACAGUCAGUCAAAAUAAGAGAAAGUCUGGUGAUAUGCUUAGUGUGCUCGGAUCAUUAUUCGGCUCGGCCUCAGACCUCGUGGGGGUCGGCGUUCCCUGUGACGACGGUUUCUCCGACCGCCUCAACCACAACUGGACGACAUUCCUCCUCACAUUCUUCUGUCUCGUCAUCACAACAACUCAGUUCGCCGGCAGCCCCAUCAAGUGCUGGAUCUCCAAGGAUACCGACCAUGCGGACUAUAUUCACAACGCCUGCUGGGUGAAGAACACCUACGACGCCCCUCUGACCCAUCCCCUCCCCGUGGAGGAGAAGGAGCGUCUAAAGGGGGAACUCAAGUACUACCAAUGGCUUCCUCUCAUUCUCUUAGUCCAGGCUCUGAUGUUUAAAAUGCCGAACAUGAUAUGGAAGCUGUGCCAAAGCAACGGCGGGAUCAACAUUGAAAAAAUUACCUCCCUUUCACAGGAUACUCAAUACUCAGAGCCAAAGAAAAGAGCCACGACCAUCAACAACAUUGCUGCCUAUAUUCACAGCUGGCUUAUCUUUGAACGCGAACGUAGAUAUACCAUCUUCUCGCGCAUGCGCCACCGGAUGUCCAGACUUAGCAUCCUAUUCUUCCCCCUUGGAUCCCGCAAUGGAACAUAUUUAGUUGGACUGUAUUUCUUUUCCAAGAUUUUAUAUUUGGCUAACGCAGUUGGACAAUAUUUCCUCCUUAACGCACUCCUCGGAUUCGAUUUCACCAACUUUGGCGUUCUGGUGUUCACCAACCUUCUGGCAGAUGGCGAAGUCAAGGAAACCAGGGCGUUUCCAAGAGUCACAUACUGUGACGUCAAAAUACGUCAACAACAGAACAUCCUCACCUACACUUACCAGUGCGUCCUUUCAAUCAACAUGUUGUCUGAGAAGAUCUUUGCUAUCCUGUGGUUCUGGCUGCUGCUCCUCGUCUGUGUCAACGCAGUAUCGACGCUCAUGUGGUGCUACAACCUCAUCUUUAGGCGUAACCGGGUGCGUUACGUCGAAAAGUAUUUGAGCCUGUUCGUGAACGUUGCCGAUGAAAAAGAGCUAUGUCGCAAGUUUAUUGAUGAUUAUAUUCGGGAUGACGGGGUUCUGGUUCUGAGAGCGGUGGCCAACAACUCCAGUAUCAUGGUAUUGGGGGACAUCGUGCAGGAGUUGUGGCGCCUCUUCAUCAAAAACAGAGAAAUAAGGUACGAAAGGAAAGAACAGAGAAAACAGGAGCUAGAAAACAGGGACAAGAUGGAGAUGGAGGUGAUUGCAGAUGAGAAACAUGGCGCCACAACGCAACUCAGGAAAUUGAAAGAAGUUGACCUGUAGGUACAUGGAGUGGAUACCCCAUUGCUCAACACGGAAGAUCAUCACUGCAUUUACUUAUAAUUGUAUCAAGAAAUAGUUUCACACUUUAUACUCUGAGGUGCUGUUUAUUAAAAGAUGUUGAAGUGUAAAUGCAGAGAGGUUUUACACAAUUGCCCAAAACGGAAGGAUAUCAUUUUUUUUUAAAAGAUCAUCAAUAUUUUUUCUUUUUCAAUAAAUUGUCAUGUUCUGCAUGUAAUAACGACUGCUCAGAUUCUAGGAAUAUAUGUACCCUAUAACACACAAAAAGCUUUCAUUUCUUGUAAUUACAAAACAACAUUUUCACUUUUUUCUGAUGCUGUAAAUCAAAGACUGUACAUGCAAAUAUAUCAAAUUAUGUAAAGAUAUAUUUUUAUUUUUGUUCUGUAUUAUGUGAAUU